CUAAAUCUUAAUCACAUCACUGUAUUAUGUGCUCCAUUGAUCAAGCACAAGCUUGUUUACAUAAGUGAACAGAAAAGCUAUUCGAUAUUAUUUCUAGAACGUUGCUUAGAUAUAACUCCAAUGUGAUGGUUACUCGAUUUUUGGUUUGUUUCGUAUUUGCUGUUGCUAUUGCAUCUGUAGAAUGCAACUUGGAAGGGGAUGCUCUUAAUGCGUUGAAAACCAAUUUGGCAGAUCCUCACAACGUCCUUCAGAGCUGGGAUCCAACAUUGCCCAAUCCAUGCACUUGGUUUCACGUUACUUGCAAUUACUAUAGUAGCGUCAUAAGGGUGGACCUUGGCAAUGCUGAACUUUCGGGACAACUUGUUCCUCAGCUUGGAAGUUUAGCUAAUCUUCAAUAUUUGGAGUUAUUUGGCAAUAACCUUUCCGGAGUCAUUCCAAGUGAAAUUGGUAACCUAACGAAACUGAUUAGCUUGGACCUCUAUCAGAAUCAACUUUCUGGGGAGAUCCCAACAUCUCUUGGAAACUUGGUAUCCUUAAGGUUUUUGAGAUUGCAAAGCAACGAGUUUAGUGGCACAACACCAUUAGAGGUCUUUCAACUUGUUCGCUAUGGGAAUUUGCAAAUUUUGAAUGUAUCCGACAAUCAGCUGGUAGGGACUGUCUACCGUACAAAUACAACUGGGUUUGCAGUUACUGAAAUAAUACAAGAUCGGGCUCCGAAGUAAAUGAGGAUUUGGAUUACAAUACCGUGCAGCUUUUAAAUAAAUUUGGAAUUUCUGAAGCCGAAUAAAUCAUGGCAAUAAACCUCUACGUUUCUGUUUUGCAUUGAAACCCUUAUUUUUUUCAAUAAAUCUAUAUAAAGUUGUAUACUUCUUUUC